CCCUCUGCUCUAUUCUUCAUUCUAGUUUUGCCAUUCAAAACACCACCCACCCAUUCUCCAAUUUUCUCAGAACUUUUUCCUGAAUGCAUGUGGCUACUACGUCUACUACUUGUGUGAAAGUUCCUGGUAUUUGCAACAUUUCUGUGAAAUUUCUCUGCAGAACUGACACCUAUUUUUGUCCAUUUUUCAAACCAUCCAAUUCUUUCCUGUGAAGUCCUUGGUCUAUUUUCUGCUCCAUUUCCUGAAAAAGUUGUUUUUGUUCUUUUUUCUAUGAAAUUUGUUCUUGGAAGACUUGGAAUAUUUCCAGGCAUAAUUUUGCGCGCAAGUGAGGUGACAAAUGCUGAAUGAACUAGAAUUCCACCUCGCCUUGCUGAAAGUCCAAUUUUCCUCCUAAAGCAAGUAGUACUGCAUGUUUGAGACAAACAAUAAAACAUUUUACUGACAUUUGUUCGCCUUUGGUUUUCAGAGAACACCAAAUAUGAGCAGAAUCAGUUUAUUGCACUUACACUACGUAUCUUUACCUAGACCGCUGACGUUCUUGUGUCUGACGGCUCUUAAACAACAUGGCUGCUUUGAAGGGCUGUUUGAGGCUGUUUUUUGCAGCGAAACUGUCCACGCGAGCCGCUUCUAAUGUUACACUCCGUGAGCUGAUAGUGUGCAAUUUUAAAGAGGAUAUUUCCUUGGAUAGUUGGACUUGCACUUCAGAUGAAGUUAUGGGUGGAAAAUCAAUGGUUGAGUUGACUCGCACAAAAAAUGGGCAUGCAUCUUUCUGUGGGCACCUUUCUACAGAUCUACCCCCAGACAAGGUCACAAAACAUAGUGGGUUUUGUACGAUGAGAUUAAAUCCAAAAAUGGUAAGUUUGAAUUUUGUAUUAUUUAUCUGUCAACUCAUACCCCAGAGCAUGCCCGUUUGCAGGUUAGGCACACCUGGCACCAUCUGGGUACAAGAACAAUCUCGUUCCCAGAACUGUGGAUGAGAAUUUGGGAUGGGAAUUGCAUGCACAGCCACCCAGUUUGAUUUCCUAGAACAAAAUGCCUCUAUCCAAAUGUUACAGUAAGACAGAAGAAACAAUGCUACAUGUGAAAUAUUAAAUGGCCCGACCUUUCCCCAACGUUGAAUUCAGAAGCCCAAGCAUCUGGGGGCAGAGUGCCCAACCGGAGAUGGACCUGUAUUAGAGACAUGUCUGCAUUAGCCAUUAGAGAGAUGUCUAUAUUAGAGAGAUGUCUAUAUUAGAGAGAUAUCUGUAUUAGAGAGAUGUCUGUAUUAGAGAGAUGUCUAUAUUAGAGAGAUGUCUGUUUAGAGAGAUGUCUGUAUUAGAGAGAUGUCUGUUUAGCGAGAUGUCUGUAGUAGAGAGAUGGCUUUGUUAGAGAGAUGUCUGUAUUAAUAGAGAGAUGUCUGUUUUAGAGAAUUUUAUGUAUUUGAAAGAUUUCUGUAUAUUUAGAAAUAUUCCUGUCCUUGCAUGUGGACAUCGCUCUAAUAAGAUGUUAAAUUAGGUUUAAGGCUCUUUUCCUCUCCAUUAAGAAUCGUUGGGGAACAGUUUUGAGCACAGAUGUAACUUCUUAUGAUGUAAUGCAACUUCGAUUACGUGGUGACGGCAGGACAUAUAUGGUCAGUAUACAGCCCCCAGGUUAUAACACAGACGACAUGUACCAGGCUUUUAUAUAUACUAGAGGUGGUCCAUUCUGGGAAGAAGUCACUGUAAGUUUACAUUAGAUAAUACAUUUUCUUAAAGUCCUUGUAUAUAGGGCCUAAUAGGGGUGCACCACAUAGAGCAUUUUACAAACCUGCCGGAUAGUUGAAAAAUAUCCUGCCACAUUAUCAUGAGAUAUUGGUUAAAUAUAAGGUUCAGGCCUAACCAUUCAAGGUUAAAUAAUUUUAUAAAUUGGUUAUAAAGUGAUAGUGUUUAUAAUAUGAUUGGGAAGAACUUCACAGUCCAACAUCAAUAUAAACAUGCAUGGUUGGAAAAGUCUCCCUCAAAAAGUUCAAAUUUCAAACCCAUUUGUCUGCAUUUGCAAGCAAGCUUGAAAAAGUGUGAAAACUGGUGGAUGUGACUGAAUGAGUGACAUGCAAGAGAUGUAGAAAUGUAUAUUUCCAAAAUGAUUUCAUAGUUUCAGCUGCAAUUUAACUCAUUUGCAUCUGUCGGGAAGAGACAAAUCGCUGGCAAAAUUGCUAGUGUGAACCAGGCUUCAACUUCAGUUUGUAUAUCCGAUACAACGUUACUGCUCAUGUUGUAAUAACAGUUAAUUAAACAUGAACUGUCUGUGUUAGUGUAAGUAGUGCCAAUAAUGUACCUAAAAAAUAGCAGAAUUUCGACGUUUCGAGCGAAGGCCCUUUGUUAGUCUUCGCUAGUAACUCCAGACGAAGGGCAUUAGCUUGAAACGUCGAAAUUCUCCUUAUAUUUUUCAGGCAGUUGCAUCCCAACCAACAAAAGCUUGUUCAAGUUAAUUAAACAGUAUUUUAUGGCCGUUCAUGUGCCCUUUUUCCUGACAAAAUGUUGUGUUAUCUAUUAAUUCUUUCAACUAUAUCAUUAACGAAAAACACGCAAGAAACAAACUUUAUUUUCAGAUUCCGUUUACCAAGUUUUUGUUCACAACAGCUGGCUAUCUUCAAGACAGACAACCAACUUUCCAUCGCUAUAAAACAAUCGGUAUAUCAAUAAUGGACAGAAUUAAUGGACCUUUUUGCCUUGAGUUAGAUUAUAUGAAGCUGAGGGAGACUUUUUAUCAGCCAAAAUAUUUUGUAGAACAUGCUGGGAGAGAUUUAGAUUACUAAUAUUAAGCUUCAUUUAUUGAGUGUUUGAUCCAUGUUUAUAAAGCCUGGUUCACACUGGUCGUAAUUCAUCGGCGAUCUAUUGUAUUCUUUUCCGACAGACAAAGCAUCUUACACACCAAUGACCACAGACAAUGGAAAUCCCCGAUUCUUACGAUCAGUGUGAACCUGUCGGUAUUACAGCAACAUUAAGCAAAUAUUUUUAUUGUCUGUGAAACAAAAGAACUCUUAAAUUAGCAAGGAAGCAAAAAUCUUCAAUUUCAAGGAAGCAAAGUUUAAAUGUACAGUAUAGGUGAUAUGAAGACGUGCGCGGUAAUAUUCAGUCAAAUUUCAUCAAUUCUCAGUUGAGAACACUCUCAUGCAAACUCUUUCUUGCCAACUCUCGUUCUCGUUUCUCAUUGUUUUGACAUACCGGUAUUUUGAAAAGGCGGAAAAACACCAUGGCCAUGCGAUGUCCCAAGGGCAAGGGACAAUUUUUAUAGCGACAAUUCGCAAUGCAAAUGUUUUUUUUGUAAUGCAUUGCGAAUCGUCGCUAAAAAUUGUCUUGUCCUUCGUUGCAUUAUAAGAAAGGACUAUUGAAAAGAGUUUCGCUCUUGGGGCAAACUUGGGAU